AAUUAAUUUCGACUCCCUUAUCUUAUCUUAAUUUUGAGCUCGCUACGCCCCUGCAUUUACACACGAGGUAUCAACUGACCCACUUUGCAUUCAUUGAUUAUGUACACGAGUUUCGUGCUCGGUUUCCCUCAUAAUGCAGGAGAAUAUUUGCUCAGAGGAUCAUCCUCGACACCUGAUUCCUGACCUGUGCAAGCAGUUCUAUAAGCAAGGCUGGGUGACAGGAACUGGAGGUGGAAUCUCAAUCAAACAUGGAGAGAAAAUCUAUAUAGCCCCCUCUGGAGUGCAGAAAGAGAGAAUUCAGCCUGAGGACCUGUUUGUUCAGACCAUAGACAAUGAGGACCUAGAGGGUCCACCUCCAGCCAAGAAGCUCAAGAAAAGUCAGUGCACACCUCUCUUCAUGAACGCCUAUCUCAUGGCAAAUGCAGGGGCAGUAAUCCAUACUCACUCCAAGCAUGCUGUCAUGGCAACGCUUCUCUACCCUGGCACGCAGUUCAGAAUCACCCACCAAGAGAUGAUUAAAGGAAUACAAAAGGGAACAAAAUCUGAACAUUACCAGUAUGAUGAGGAGCUAGUGGUGCCAAUAAUAGAGAACACUCCCCAUGAGAGGGACUUACAGAAGCGUAUGGCCAUAGCGAUGGAGGACUACCCAGACUCGUGUGCCGUACUUGUUAGACGUCAUGGCGUAUAUGUGUGGGGGCCCACGUGGGAGAAGGCAAAGACUAUGUGAGUGUGAAUGCUACGACUACUUGUUUGAAAUCGCCGUGGAAAUGAAGAAGUGUGGCCUUGACCCGGAAAUAGUUCCCCAACCUCCAAAAGGCGCCUACAAUCAACUGUGAUGAUGUGAUAAUUUAGGCGAGAAUAAUCAUUAGGAUGUUCUCUGUGAAAAGGGGGUUUAAUGUAUGUGUGUAAGGUAAUGUCCCAGAUUAGCCUGUGCGGUUCACACAGGCUAAUCAGGGGAGACAAUUUCCGCUUUAAUGUUAUUUUUGUCUAAAACAAGUCUCUUCUUAGCAAAAAUCAAGUUUAGGCUGAAAGUGUCGUCCCAGAUGAGCCUGUGCAGACUGCAUAGUCUAAUCUGGGAAGACACGUUAUGCAUAUGCCAGGGUGCAGAAUCAACGCGUUUUCCAUGGUUUUACACAAGGGCUGGACAGAAUGGAAACACACCGUUAAGACCUUUAUUUUUGCAAAUAUCUCAAGUUAUUGAAAUACAUUUGCAAAAAUCUUUAGUGCAUAAAAGACAGUUUUUCUUGCAGUUUGUGCCGAUAUCUUAAUAUAAUAAGAAUAAAUCCUUGAAUGCAUAUGUCUAAAAUUGUUGACAAAAUUUCACGUUGCGUGAAGCAUAGCCGUGUAAAAUGAAUGUAGUAGAUACCGAAAUUUUGAACAAGAGCACACGCUUAAUGGCUUAAUAAAUAAAGUAAUACCGAUAUAUUUCACAUUGCCAAAAAGUCUUUUCUGCACUAGUUGAAAUUCUUAAGAAAAAUAAUUUUUAAAAGUUAUUUGAAAUAAAUCGCCACUUAGCACUGUGUAUACAUCCAUUAAAGUUAAAAGGGGAAACCCCACAAAGUCAUGUGAUCCUGCAUCCUGUAUGCAUUAAACCCCCUUUUCACAGUGCAGCUCAAUUAUGUUUUAACAGUCUCAAAAAAUUGUUGUUUUGUCAAGUGCACAAUAAAAUAAUCACAAACACUUAA